AUGGAGCGCAGGAAACUCCAUCGGCUCGUGGCCGCGGCCGCCCUCGCGCUCCUUGUCCUGGCCGCCCGUGACCUCAUCACCUGCAGUGCCGGCGAGACCCAGACCCUGAUCAAGUUCAAGGGCUCCCUCUCCAACGCCACCGCGCUGAGCAACUGGGACAGCAACUCCGCCUCCCCGUGCCGCUGGACCGGCGUGUGGUGCCUCAACGGCAGCGUGUGGCAGCUCAAGCUCGACGGGAUGGGCCUCGGCGGGAUGCUCGACAUGGAAUCGCUUGCCGAGCUGCCCCUCCUCCGCAUCCUGAGCAUCAGGGGCAACAGGUUCGAGGGGCCGAUGCCGGAGGUGAAGAAGGUGGCAGCGCUCAAGGCGGUGUCGAUGUCGAGCAACUGGUUCUCGGGGGAGAUCCCGGACGACUGGUUCGAGGGGAUGGAGGCGCUGAAGAUGGUGUACCUGGACAGGAACGGGUUCACGGGGCCGGUGCCGACGUCACUGGCGAAUCUGCCGAGGCUAGUGAACCUGAGCCUGGAGGGGAACCAGAUGGGAGGGAAGAUACCGGACUUCCGGCAGAUGGAACUGCGGAUGGUGGACUUGGCCAACAACCAGUUCGAGGGGAAGAUACCUUCGGGGCUAAGGAACAUGAACUCCUCCUACUUCCAAGGUGAUCGUUACUUUUAUUAG